CGUAUUUGAUGAAUUAAAUUGCUAGCUUAACUAUUAUUUAUAUACUAAUUUAUUUCUUAAAUAUUAAUUAUAUAUAUUUUAUAGCUAUUGACGUACUUUAAAACAUACUAUUAGUUUCAAAACAAAAUAAAAUACUCAUGUAUAUUUUAUAGGUACCUUACCCGUAACAAUUUUACUAACUUCUCUCUUUGACUUUUAUUAUUGGUUGGGUUUCUUUCUCUGAAUUUGAGAUGAACUCAAAGAAGGAAACGUAAAAUAGGGAAAGACUAAAAAAAAGGUAAAACAUAGGGACAGAGUAAAUAUAUGUCAACGUGUCUGUUUUAUAUUGGCUUGGAGUACCACGUAAUUGGAGUGACGUGGUACGCCGGGUGCAUAAAAUAAUUUCUCAUUUAAUCUCGUGUAACCACCCUGCCACGUCAGACUCCUAAAAUCACUCUAUGCGCAGGAAAAUUUGAAUGGGGGUUGCAGUUUUACUUUUCAGCUAUAAAUUAUACUGUUGAUACAAAAAAAAACUCAUGAGAGGAGCUCUCUCCUCUCUCAUUGGGUUUUGCUUCGUGGCGGGCCGACAGAUAAUCACGCCAGUGGUGGCUUUGUUCGAUGCCAGUCUGAGGAAUCAGCGAUCUGAGCCGGGUAGACGUUGGAAUGAUGUCCACGAGUCAAAAAAGGAAUCCAAGGUGAUUCCAGUGAAUUGUUUGACACAAACUCCUCUGCUCACGAUCAUAGACCGCGGUGGUAAACGUGUCUUUCGUGAGCCUAAAGAUGGAGAGCCCCAUCAACGGGGUGGUCAAAGAAAGCGUAAAAUCAUGGAUUGUGAUGAUGGAAAAGCUACACGAGCUAAACGAUGUAGAACUGUGCCAAAGAUGGGAUGGCGUGUUAGCCUGCCCUCGUCGUUAGAACUGGAAAUCGAGGACCCAAAUACCCAUCCUUACCCCUAUGAUGAGGUUAAAAUCCCUGUACGAGAUAAUUUGGUUACACGGGAACAGGUCCUGUAGGGGACAGCGGCGCACCCGCUUGUGUUGACGACGUCCAAAUUAAGGCCGACGAACCAAUAGUCGGUGACAGUGGUUUUCAAGCAGGCCAGGUGGAACAAAUCGAUCAGUUGUCGGUGACCGCCUUUGCUCAUGGAAGAUUGGGGAAACCCUAACGGUUGGGAUGGAAUCCAAAACAAAUCCCCCCCAUAUUUGGGGGGAUCUGGAUCCUGGCCUCCCAACGUAAAUCUCGUCACUUUAAAAUUCAAAAAACCUAUCCUAGUUCC